GUCAACAGCGCGGGCGGCCGAGGGAGGCGGCGGCGCGGCGGCUCGGAGGCGCCGGGCCCUCUUAGGGACGCGCGGGGCCCGGGCGGCGGCGGCGCGACGCCGCGAGGAGGAGGAGGAGAAGGAGGAGGAGGCGGGGGUCCGUGAGGCCGGCCCGCGCAUGGAGGAGGAGGCCAUGAACGGCGACCGGACCGAGAGCGACUGGCAGGGGCUGGUGAGCGAGUACCUGGUGUGUAAGAGGAAGUUGGAGAGCAAGAAGGAGGCCCUGCUGAUCCUCUCCAAGGAGCUGGACACCUGUCAGCAGGAGAGGGACCAGUACAAACUCAUGGCCAAUCAGCUCCGGGAGCGCCACCAGUCACUGAAGAAGAAGUACCGAGAGCUGAUCGAUGGCGAUCCAUCACUUCCUCCUGAAAAAAGGAAACAGGCUAAUCUUGCACAACUACUGAGAGAUUCUCAGGACCGAAAUAAACAUCUGGGAGAAGAAAUUAAAGAACUUCAGCAAAGGCUUGGAGAAGUCCAGGGUGACAACAAGCUCUUGAGGAUGACGAUUGCUAAACAAAGGCUCGGAGAUGAAGAAAUCGGCGUGCGACACUUUGCAGCCCAUGAGCGUGAAGACUUGGUUCAGCAGCUGGAGAGAGCUAAGGAACAGAUUGAGUCUCUGGAGCACGACCUGCAGGCCUCUGUGGACGAGCUUCAGGAUGUUAAGGAAGAACGGUCUUCCUACCAGGACAAAGUGGAGAGGCUCAACCAAGAGCUGAACCAUAUCCUGAGUGGGCAUGAGAACCGCAUCAUUGACGUGGAUGCCCUGUGCAUGGAGAACAGGUACCUUCAAGAGAGAUUAAAGCAACUCCAUGAAGAGGUCAACCUCUUGAAAUCAAACAUUGCCAAAUACAAGAAUGCUCUUGAGAGACGGAAAAACUCGAAGGGCCAGGGUAAAUCCAGCAGCAGUGCUCUGACAGGAGUCCUGUCUGCAAAGCAAGUUCAGGAUCUGCUAUCUGAGGAUCACGGAUGCAGCCUCCCAGCUACUCCACAGUCCAUUUCUGACCUGAAAUCUCUGGCAACAGCCCUGCUGGAAACAAUCCACGAGAAAAACAUGGUCAUUCAGCACCAGCGGCAAACCAACAAAAUCCUAGGGAAUCGGGUGGCUGAGCUGGAAAAAAAGUUAAGAACUCUGGAAGUUUCUGGUUUGUGGAGUCUUCCAGGCCUGAGCUACAAUGUUUCAGUAGGAUUUGGGAGGGGCAAGGACACCAUACUAUUCAGUGACCCCACUCUUCCUAGUGGACAGAGGUCAAGAUCCCCACUGCUGAAGUUUGUUGAGCAGCCCCCUGAGAAUAAAGUGGACCCCAAGGAUGGGGAGGCUCAGAAGCAAGAAGGAGAUGAAAGUUGUGCCGCUGCUGAGGCGUUGACAGCGCCUGAGGAUGCUAGGAGGCCCACUGUCAACUCCCCACCAAAUCAGAGCUGCGGGAACCAGAGCAAGCUCUUUCAUUCUUCGUUACCCCAGUUACCUUGUGAGGGAGAAGUAAACAGCCUUGGAAGGGAAAUAAUUAAACUGACAAAGGAACAGGCAGCUGCAGAGCUGGAAGAGGUCAGAAGAGAGAGUCCCAUAGAGGGUCAUAGGAGUGAGACAAGGCCAGCCCUGCAGGGCCUGGCUGCCCAGGGGAAGCUCCCCACAUCUCACCUGGACUCCUUCGAGACCAGCCAGCCAGCAGCCGAAGCUCCCGCACUGGAAGAUGGUGAAGAGAUCCCAGAGGGCUCAGGCAUGAGGAGCACCACGAAAACCUGAAGGGGAGAGGGAUCUGACACAGUGACACACUGAAAGUCCCAGAGAGGGUCAAGAAGGAAGCAUCAGAACAGCGCGCUCACGUCGCCUUCUGAAAUACCUCCGAGUCUGCAAGUGAGAAAACGCUCUGAUCCUGUUGCAAACUGUGAAUAUUCUGAUGAUGCCAGUACAGUCUGAUUUAUUAAAUGGAGGUCCUCAAGCUUCUCCACGUCAUCUCUGCGGAAGAGUGCUACUGUGAUCAGGGCCAGGCCCAGGAAUUGUGUCCGCCAUAUGUCUGGUUUUCAGCAUCUGUGUUUCUGUCAGCUUUUGUUUUAUCAGAGAUAAGAUGUUUUUGUAUUAGCAUUUCAUGUUGUCAAUCAAAAUUACAGGAAGAGCUAGAAACUGAUGGGGUUUUAAUCAGGUCCCUGACUUGGUCAACGUUAGGCAGCUGGAGAGGAAGGUGUAAUUGAUCAGAAUGUGUCCAGAGGGCCCUUGCAGCCCAUCAAGUUAGGUCCUGGUAGGACUGCCUGACAUGGGUGUGCCUGGCAUUGUGCCCACAGCACUGCUGUCAUGGGGCAGACUGACAGGUGGAAGGGGCCUUGAGCAGGCUGAGAAGGUUGGGCUUCUGGGUUGAUCCACGGCCCCUGUUGAGGCCUGUGUGGUGAGUGCCAGAGCUGAGUUUUCCAGCUUGUGAAUCUGGAGAAUUAACUGACCUGCAGUGAUUGGGAGGGGUGGGCGUAAAAGCUGGAGAUCAGGACUCCCGGUGGUGAUCUGGUUUUUUUGUGAGGUGAGAUGAGAUGAGAGCUACAACCUGGAAAUGCUCGUUCUCUGCAUUCGACCUGUCUCACACUGGGAUUGUAUGGCCAAUUUAGGUUUGGGAGAGAUCUACUUGCCGGGAGCCAGUCUGGUUUCCUGGACCACCGGGAACUUCCAAACCCUUCUUCACUCCUUCAACAAUAUUGAGGCUGCCUCAUUUGUGCCACCAAGCAUUGGAAUUUUAAAGACCAGACACAGAGUUUAUGACCUUGUAAGGAAAAGAGAGAGGAAAACAAAGCAGCUUUACUGGAGCCUGGCAAGGGGGCUGUGGCAUCACGGGCACAAUCCAGGGUUGGGAAAGGAGGCCAUGGUCAGUGCCAGCUGGUUCUUUCCUUUCGGAUAAAAAUUAGGUUUUCUAGGUAGCGUCCAGCACUGCAGAAAAUUGAAAGAUCAUCCAGCCAUAGCUUUUUCCUUUCCUGGAAAGCCUGAGACUAGAUCCCAAAGCUCAGAAUGCCUCUGAGAACCAGAAUCACUCCUUUGAGUGACCCUCCUUGCAGAAAAAAGACAGGCUCCCAGAGUGGCAGCCUCUCUUAGUGAAAAUGCAUCCUAAAAAUUCCAUGUUUAUACCAGGCUUGUGGCACUAAGAUGUGGCAUCUGGACACGAGGGGCCAGCUACACAGAUACAUCCCUCCCAGAUUGCAUCUCCAGGAAUCCUCUGCUAACAGAAUGGGAGCCCCAUCACUUUCUGUGCUGCUCCUCUGAAGUAGGCCCAAGUGCAGCCCAGGCAGACCCAGUCCUUUGUCUGAUGCAUACUGGCUGGGCCUCCCACUACUUUAGUUGAAAAGGGAGCAUGGUGAGAAGGACAUACCAUUGACCCCUGCCCACCACCGGCUCUAAUGUUCCAUCCUUCUAUGUCCCAGCCUGUCCCCUCCCCACCAGGCCCACCCCCACAGCCUCUCCUCAGGGGAGGCUGCUCCUGCAGCUGGAGAGCUUGCACAGACCAGCAGUCACAGAAAUCAUUCUUCCUGCUGGACUGGGCCUUAACUGCCUGCAAAUGUUCAGCACUACUGCAUAGGAUGCCAGAGCCACCAAAGGAAAACACAGCCAAAUUUAAUACAAUAAUAAUAGAAGGAACAAUCUCACCCUGAAGAUCUCUGGUUCUGACACACUGUUGGUCAGAUGCACCUCUUCAGGGCCUGUUCUGCACCUUCUGAAAAGCAGGGCUCAUAACAGACUCCAGCACAUUCCAUCAGUGUCAGGAAAACUGCAGUGAGUCCCAGAGAAUCUGGGGUGAGGGCAGGAGCAGCAGUCAUAGGAAGCUAUAACCUAAACUGUGUGUAGUCAUGUAGUCAGCUGGGAGGGUCUUAUAUUAUUAGAUGAAAUGAGAGCCAAUGAGUAACUUGAUGAUCCUGUCACAGAUGGAACCAUGAUGAUAACACCCCAUGGAUAUGUGACACAUGUGUCCUGCCCCUGCUUUCUCCAUCCAAUGUGGUGUUUUGUUUUUUUUUUUUUGAGACAGCGUCUUGCUCUGUCACCCUGGCUAGAGUGCAGUGGUACAAUCUCGGUUCACUGCAACUCCGCCUCCGGGUCCCAGCUCAAGAAAUUCUCCUGCCUCAGCCUCCUGAGUAACUGGGAUUACAGGAACGUGCCAGCAUGCCCAUCUAAUUUUUGUAUUUUUAAUAGAGAUGGGGUUUCACCAUGUUGGCCAAGCUGGUCUUGAACUCCUGACCUAGUGAUCCUCCCACCUUGGCCUCCCAAAGUGCUAGGAUUGCAGGUGUGAGCCACUGCGCCCGGCCCAAUAUGGUUCUUCUGCUCCACAGACAUUAAAGGGGAGCUCUGCAAUCACAGCUGUCUUUUGUCUUUUUUAGGAUCAUUGUUUAGGGGGCAGUAUUCUCUCCCCUGCUUCGCUAGAUAACCCUGCAUCAGUCAUGGUCCUCUCAGCUCCAAGCCACAUUUAUAGAAACAAACAGUAGGCAAAUGAAUUCUGUUGUAUAACAGGAAUUUCGGAAAUAGGGCAUUCCAGCGCUGUACAUUCAAGAAAGUCAUCAAGGUUCUAGUUUCCGUCUUCUUGCUCCUCCUGCUGUGUCAGCUGCUUUCUCAUGAUAAUGAGAUGGAUGCACCUGUUCAAAGGCAAAAGGAAGUUUCUCCCACAUACGUGUGUGUGUUUCAAGAGCAAAAAACCCAGUUCCUAUCACAUUCAAUUUGUCAGAAGGAUCACCUGGGGCUUGUCCGAUAUGACCUUAUAACAUGAUGGUGUCACAUGAUGAUGUCUUAACCAAUCCUUAGCAAAGGAGAUGGUAUUACCAUGAUCCGUUUAGGUUCACCAAGAUUCACCCUUAAGAACGGAAGAAGGGCCCUGUCCCUAGACAUUCAGACUCUAAAAGCCUGAACACCAAAACAGUAUCAUAUCUUGGGAUGUGUAAGAAUCUGGGAAUAGACAAACAGUGGUGUUGUCUCUGAACCCCAUGUCUUUGUGGGGUUUUGUUGUUGUUGUUGUUUUGCUGCAUGAAAAGCCAGAAAAUCAUGUUUCUGAUGAGUCUGGAGUUAAGGGGAGGGGCUGUGGCUGUUUGCUCAGAAAAAUGCCAUCUCAUCCCCCUCCCUGGCAUCCUUCUGAACUGUCCUGUUUUGUAGGUGGAAUGUCCCCACCUUUGUUUGUCUCUUCAGGCGUGUUUGUCCUUCCAUUAUUUUUCCAGCUGGGUUGCCAGCAGAAUGCAGGGCAGUCUGGAGAAAUGAAGCAGAGCUGACAGGUCUCUUAAUGAAAGCUCGUUUGCACACCCUGCCUUUCCUGUGAUCGCUCUGUACCUGAGAGCCUCUAGGUGUGGAUUUUUACAUAUGAGCAUUUGUCCUUCUUUUAAUUAAGGCCCUAGAAAUGGAUUGGUUUUUCUAACCAGGCAUUUCUCAUCCCUCACUCUUGCUCUUCCUCUUUCCACACCUUCUCUGCCCACCUUCCUCUCCUCUUCCCCUUCCUUCUCUUGCUCCCGCAGCUAUUCCCAAAGCCUCUUUGGCAGAGAGGCUCCUGAUGGCUUCAGCUCAAUGCUGGCUGGACCCUCCCGCCUUUUGGCAAUCAAAAUGAGUUUGCCUAUCAUUGCUCCUCUUCAGGGACUUCCCUCCCAAACAUGCACCACCAUCACGACACGAAGUUCUAGAAAACGCUCUGCUAUCAGUUAUUCACGUGUUGGAGGAAAUAUUUUGAUGUGUUAUUCCUACUGGUAGCCUUUGCACCCCAGUUGACCAUAUGGCAUGAAAAGUUCUGUCUCCUCUCUAAGGAAUGGCAAAGACCAGUUACUUACUCAUUGAGGUGAUCUUCCCUGUCUCUUUAAAAUUACAGCAUACCUUUGCCCCUCUUGGUUUUCACUCCAAAAAAGUGGGGUGGCCUCCUGGCUUUGUUGUUUUCCCAUUGCCCUGUGAAUGGUGUGGUACCCUACUAAUUUGUUUUUUUUUUUUUUUUUUUGAGACAGAGUCUUACUCUGUCACUCAGGCUGGAGUGCAGUGGCACGAUCUUGGCUCACUGCAACCCCCACCUCCUGGGUUCAAGCGAUUCUCCUGCCUCAGCCUCUCGAGUAGCUAGGACCACAGGCACAUGCCACCACACCUGGCUAAUUUUUUGUAUUUUCAGCAGAGAGGGGGUUUCACUGUGUUAGCCAGGAUGGCCUUGAUCUCCUGACCUUGUGAUCUGCCUGCCUUGGCCUCCCGAAAUGCUGGGAUUACAGACAUGAGCCACUCCGCCCAUCUUUUUUUUUCUUUCAAGAGUCUCACUCUGUCACUUAGGCCGGAGUACAGUGGCAUGAUCUCAACUCACUGCAACCUCUGACUCCCAAGUUCAAGCGAUUCUCUUGCCUCAGCCUCCUAAGUAGCUGGGACUACAAGCAUGCACCACCAUGCUCAGCUAAUUUUUGUAUUUUUAGUAGAGACGGGGUUUCCCUAUGCUGACCAGACUGGUCUUGAACUCCCGACCUCAUGAUCUGUCUGCCUCAGCCUCCAAAAGUGCUGGGAUUACAGGCAUGAGCUGCCACUGCACCCAAACUCUACCCUACUUCUUCCUGAAAAAGAGAGCCCCUUGUUCCUCUGCUUUCGUUCUGAAGCCUCCAUUUAAAACACUCCUCCUCCUUAGCAGUAGUGAGAGUCCCUUCAGACUAGAUAGGAUGUCAAAAGGGCAAAGCAUUGCCCCCAACUCACUACUUUAAUGAACUCGCUUCUUUCCAGGUGUCUUCCUGAACAGAGAAAAACUUACAGCUUAGAGAGAUGCAAUUGGGAGCUCCAUCGUGAAUCUAGUUAGAAAUGAGAAGCACAAACAAUAGGAAAGACCCGUCUCUCAAUAUUAUGGUUGCUUCCAAAAACAACGCCAAACAAGUUGAUACAGCAUGAGGGCAAUUUAAAAUGAUAGAUCUGGACAUGCUGCUGUGCAUUUCAUAUCCCCACUUUACUAAAUGAGAAUUUUUUUGGAUGCAAAGGGAAAGUGUGCAUAAUAUUGAAAAGUUUGACUUUCUGGAAUCUAUGUGAGCUGAGGAAUAUAUUUGGGGAUCUUAGCAGAGGCCAGUGGUAGCCUAUUAAAUGUAAAACAAUUGGCUUUGUUUUUAAAACCAGCUGCUAUUUUGUAGUUUCAUUUAAAGAAAGAGUACCUUCUAUUCAUUUGCAGAACUUGCUUUAUUGGAUUCUUUGGUCAUUGUGUAUCAUAACUAUAUCAUUUUUUGUUACCUGAAAUAAAAAUGUGGCAAUUUUCCUGAUCGA